UUUCACAGCAUGAUAUUCAACAAUUUCUUAUCAUUCGUGGUUUGCUAUCAUCAGAAGUUUUAUUAGUUGCUUUGAAAAAAAGAUAUCGAGUUAACUAUGGUAUCACGUCAAAUCCUUCAUUUCAUCGUUUAAUGGCUGUGCCAUUUCGUGCAAAAGAUGUUGCUGCUGAUAGAACUGAAUUCGGUCAUCCUGACGUUGCUUUAGUAUUAACACAACUCUCUUAUUAUUACUCUGGUUUAAGCGAUUCACAAUUGAUUCAAUGCUUCGAUCGUUUGAGUGAAAAAGAAACUGAUCCUACAUCCAUCUAUGAACAAUGGAUCUUAGCCGAAGAACAAGACAGAGUACCUACAAGUAUCAAACAAUGGAAAGGAGUUAAUUUAAAAGAUUAUCAACAACGAACUCAUGAUCUGUUUCCGACUCUACGAUAUAAUAUGAUAGUUGUCAAUUAUUUUCUAAAUCAUUUUGUAUUUCCUCGAGAAGCAAAACAAUUUCCUCAUAAAUUAGUAGCAUCACCUUGGGACUUAUCGUCAUCUUUACGAUCAAAAAUAGUGACUGGAUUUAGUGGUACUAAUGAUACACAAUUAUUACUUCCAGUUCAUAUUCAACAAUACGAUUUACCUGAACUUCAAAAAACUGAUGCCAUCGUUGUUAAUAAUUUACUACAGCGUGGAAAUGAAAGUUACCAAUAUUUACCAUUUAAUACUACCUCAGAAGAUAUUUUAAAUCAAAUAAUAAAUUACAAAAAAACUAUUAGUGUUAUUUUAGAUGUCGGCGCACUAUUUAUUGAUGGAACUAAUCGAGAUAUAGCUGUUAAAUGGUUAAAUCUAUCUAAAAAAGACAAGAUUGAUUAUGCCAUUUAUUUUGAUUCAGAUUCUAUUGUUGUUUGUGAUCGUCAACUUCAUCAUUAUCGAUUUGAAACAUCACCUGCAAGUGAACGACUAGAUCGUUGUGUAUUUUAUUUAGAUGAAAUUCAUACGAGAGGAACUGAUUUUAAAUUUCCAAAUGGUUUUCAAGCUGCAGUUACAUUAGGAAAUGGUUUAACAAAAGAUCGUUUUGCUCAAGCUUGUAUGAGAAUGAGAAAUCUAGGAAAAGGGCAUUCUUUAACAUUUUGGAGUUCAAAUGAAGUUCAUCAACAAAUAAUAACAUUGAAAAAACGUUCA